AUGUCUGAUCAUUACAGAAAACCUUCCAAAGAGGUUAGAAAAAAAUUAGAUGAAUUUUUACGUAACAUAGAUCUAAUUAAAGUAAGCCUACUCCCUGAUGAUAAACGCUUGGUCGCAGCUAAAUCAAGGAAUGGAAUGAACGUUAGAGUAAAGUUAAAUGGAAAGAAAUUGUUAAGACGGAACGUAACAUCCGAGAUAGAGGGCAAGGAUAUUUACAAGUGCAAUUAUCUUAUUCAUCUAGCCGUUGAAGAAAUUUGGCACAUACAUCUGUCAAAUGCUCAAAAGGAAAAGUUUACAACUUUGGCGGAUGAAGCAAACGAGAUAAACAGAAUAUACAACUUGCGGCCUCACAUCAAUAAUUCUAGUACUAUUGACCGCAUUUCUGUGAUUAGUCGUCAAGAUACCGAUAAUCCUGCACAAAAGGAUUUCUAUAACGGUUCCAACUUUAAUGAAAGCUCUGUAACUGUUUCCUCCAUCUUUAGUCCGGCUGGUACUUUUCCCGGAUCUUCUUUUUCUCAAUAG